CUCAGCGUCAAUCAAAAAGAUGAGGGGAUUUUCUCCUUGUAAAUACAACAAUUAUAUUCCCUUUCUCUCUUCUUCAAUAAUUAGAUGUUAUUCUUCAGUAAAGGGUAAAGUUGGAGUAUACAUCAAUGUUGAGAAUGAGGUAAAGUGCUUGGAUGAUGCUGUUAGUCUCUUCAAUCGAAUGGUCAGAAUGAAUCCUCUUCCUUCCGUUACCCUCUUCUGUAAAUUAUAUAAAAUUAUGAUAAAUAUGAAGCAUUACUCUUCUGUUGUUUCUCUUUUCCAAGAAAUGCGGAAAUUGCGUAUCCCAAUUAAUGAUUUCAUGUUAAAUAUACUGAUUAACAGUUAUUGCUUGAUGCAUUGUGUUGAUUGUGCAUUUUCGGUGUUACCCAUUUACAUGAAGACUGGCAUUCCACUGGACGUCGUCACCUUUAACACUCUAUUAAGGGGAUUAUUUGCUCAAAAUAAGAUCAGAGAUGCUGUUGAAUUGUUCAAAAAAGUGGUGAGGGAGAAUAUUUGUGAGCCCAACCAAGUCAUGUAUGCAACCGUCAUGAAUGGGCUCAGCAAAAGGGGUCAUACUCAAAAGACUAUAAGUUUGCUUCGGCUAAUGGAACAGGGAAACACUAAGCCCAAUAUAUAUAGCUAUGCCAUUGUUAUUGAUGCCCUUUGCAAAGAUGGAAACUUAGAUGGUGCUAUCAACCUUUUGAAUGAGACGAAACAGAAAGGCAUUCCUCAGGACAGAGUCAUAUAUGGUUCAUUAAUUGAUGGUCUGUGUAAGCUAGGUCAGUGGGAGAAGGUUAGGAAUUUCUUCUCUGAGAUGGUGAAUCUUAAUAUUUAUCCAGAUGUGUACAUCUUCACCAUGGUGAUUGAUGGACUAUGCAAAGAACGGAAAGUUGAAGCCGCCGAGGAAGUAAUGGAACACAUGAUCAAAAAAGGUGUAGAGCCUAAUAUAAUCACCUACAACGUGAUAAUGGAUGGAUAUUGUUUGCGUGGUCAACUGGUUAGAGCAAGGAGAAUUUUUGAUAUAAUGAUAGAUAAGUGCAUUGAGCCUGACAUCUUUAGCUAUAGCAUACUAAUAAAUGGAUAUUGUAAGAAAAAGAAAUUGGCCAAGGCCAUGCAAUUGCUUGGUGAAAUUUCUCAAAGGGGAUCAAAACCUAAUACUGUUACCUACAAUACCAUCUUGCACGGUCUGUUUAAAGUUGGAAGAAUUGGUGAUGCAAAAUGAGUUUAUGCUGAGAUGCUAUAUGCGGGACCCAAACCUGAUAUAUGCACUCAUUCCACUGUGCUCGAUGGUUAUUUUAGGUACGGACUUGUUGAAGAAGCUAUGUCACUCUUUAAUAAGUUGGAAAGAAAGCGAGAAAAUACAGAUAUUGCACUUUACACGGUUGUCCUUAAUGGAUUGUGCAAAAAUGGUAAACUGGAUGAAGCUCAUUCUGUUUUUGAGAAGCUUUCUUUGAUCGGAUUGACUCCGAAUGUGAGAACAUACACUACAAUGAUAACUGGAUUUUGUCUACAAGGAUUGUUAGAUGAAGCUAAAAGUAUGCUAAGAAAAAUGGAAGACAAUGGUUGUCCUCCAAACAAUGUAACUUAUAGAGUUAUUUUGCAAGGAUUUCUCAGGUGUAGCAAAUUUAGUGAGAUGGAGACUUUUAUGAAGGAAAUGGCUGAUAGGGGCUUCUCUUUUGAUGCAAGUACAGCUGAACUUUUGGUUAACAUUGUACGGGAGAAUCCUUCCGUCCUUGACAUAAUACCAGAGCUUCACUCGAAAAAUAAGUACUGAAUACUUAUUUUGGCUGGUUUAUUUGGUUAUUAUACAAUUUUCUUUUGUCCCUGCAUGAGAAAUGGCAUCCAAUGCAGUUGCAGAAGUUGAAAAAAAUGGCAUUUAGAACACCACUUGAGCUUUUUGGGCAGGCUUCAGAGGAGUUUUGCAGGAUGAUUUAUUGGACGCCGACAUAAAUAGUUGGCCAUAGUUAGACAUAUGAAAGUCAUAGAGCUGGGAAGAUUAUCCAAGUGAUGGACAUUGCGGACUUUAUGUCAGAAGAGGUAAAUUUGAGGGCUCUUCUCAUAUGAAAGAAAUGUGCAGCAUUGAAAUGUGCUCCCUGUCAGAAGCUAUUCUAGUAGCUAGAUCUGUAGUUAGAUUGCAAGACAUUCUUUGACAUUGAUGCUCAAUGUGUUUUUAUGGGUUGCAGAACAAGCUCAUCAUGAUCACACCAGAAACUAAAGUACGAAAGUAUUCAAUUGAUGAUAGGUGUUAUUUUUUGCCUCAUUUGUCAAACAUCUAGCCUUCUCAAUGAAGAUAAGCUUAAAUACUUUGCAACAUAGUCUAUCAUGCUCCUGUACAUUUUCAGCCUUACACCAAAAAUCUGAAAAUUAUAUACAUCUAUAUUUAAAUUACAAGUGUUCUCUUUUUCACCUUUCCCUUCCAAAUCAUAACAACUUUGCUGGUCUUGUGUUCUCGAGCUAUUUGAUGUCCUAUACUUUUCCAGCUCACCAACAGUUCUUUCAGAGUUCCCAACAUGGUCCGUCUUAGUUCAACUAAUUCCAAAAACAUGUACCAAAAAGGAGCUGUAAACUUCGUAACCUUCUUCACAGAGGAUAUACCUGUUGCAAAUUAUUAUUCCUCUUCUUUAUAAGUGAGCAAAAAAGCCAAAAGUAUAGGCCUCUUCUAAACUUUAGAGGGAUUCACGUGCCAUGAAUUUUUGUAAAGUUUUUGCCUCAUUUGCAUAUUCCUUUUUAAACCAAAAGUAAAGUAACAAGAUAUAAUAUAACUUAAUCAUGUGCACUGAGUUUUGUUUCUCCUAAAAACAAUUCGAAGGAGUUUAACUGUUUACUUUUUUAAAUUUUCUUUUAUUGUAUUUUAGUUAACUGUUUACUUAAUCUCUUGUUUUGUUGAACUUAGGAUUCUUCUACAAUUAGUAGCUACCUUAUCUUUUUCUCUUGUGUUUCUAGAGAUAUUUCCAUGCAUCUUUGCUCCUAAGGUGUUAGGAGAGCGCUUGUGUAGUCGGGUUAGUAAUCCUAGGACUGUGUCCUUGAGUAGGAGCUUCUAGUCCGGAGAGUUGGGGUGAGGUGGGUGUCUUUGGUUUGUGAGUGUAUGUUACUACUAGGUGGGUGUCCUUUUCUUGUUUCUUAUUACGAAUUGCUUGUAUUUCUCUUAUUUCGUAUUUCUCUUAUUUCGUAUUUCUCUUAUAUCUAUUUCUAUUAUUUUUUAUUCCUUAUUUCUGCUAUGCCAUCCCUCCUGUUUCAUGUGUCAUUACGACCUUGUGUACUAUUCUUUAUCUUGAGCCGGGGGUCUUAUCGGAAACAACCUCUCUACUUCUUCGGAGGUAGCGGUAUGAACUGCGUACAUUUUGCCCUCCCCAGACCCCACUUUGUGGGAAUACACUGGGUUUGUUGUUGUUGUUGUUGUUGUUGUUGUUAUAAGUUGUGUUGAGUCAAACAUGUCUUUCUUGCCAGUAGCCAUGUGAAACAUUCAACCGUGUAAGGGGCUUUGUCUCCAAUGCCAUAUAUGAUGUUGCCUACUACCUUGGGAGAAUACCUUGUAUCCUGAUUUUAUCGGGAAAAUGCCGGAUUUCUAUUCGGUCUUGUCUGUUUCUGCUUUCAUCCCUUGGCAUCCGUCAAUCACUAGCAAAAAUUGGCUCAUUCCUCCCUUUCACAGUUCACUACACCUUCUGUCCCAGUGUUUUGGAUGGUGAAAGGAGACAAGAGGCGACAAGGUCCCGCCUCGCCACGCGGUGAGGCGAGCGGCGAGGCGAGCGCCUUUUGAAUGUACGGCGACAAUUAAUAUAAAAAAUUAAAAUAAUAUAUAAAUGAUCAAAAUUUCAAUAACACUAAUAUAUUAGGAAAUAUUUCAAGUCAAGAAUUAAGAAUAUAUAGUAGAUAGAUACUAAAAGUCGAGAACUUAAAUAACUCAAGAAUUCAAUAUCCAUAAAACAAGUCUAUUCUUCUUCAAGGUUCGCAUAAUCCUCAAUUCCGACAUGCAGUUCAUUAUAUUGUCCCUCAUCUUCUUCCUCUUCGGAUUCUUCAUUAAAUAGGGCCCGAGUCUGACUUGAACUUGUUGCUUUUCCCUUGGCAAGUGACCUUGACCUUGACUUUCUCCUAAGACCAUAGACAAUAUCAUCAUCAGCCCCAGCUGCCAUAGCAACAGUACCCCAGUUAAGAUCACUUUCCUCAAACACUAGUUCAUCUUCUUGAUCUUCGGGGCCAACAAGUAACCAUUCAUUCGCAUCUUCAGUAUUUUCUAACAUAGUAGGAUCGAUGGUAUCGCGAAUAUCAUAGCGACAUGCCAAUGUUCUAUUGUACUUAACGUACACUAGUCCACUGGUUGUAAACUUAUAACAGUAACACUGACUGUAACAGUGCAAAACACUGCUGGCCGCCGGAAAAUAUAAGAAAAAGAAGAUAAAAAGAGGAAUAAAUAAAAAUAACAGUACCAAAAGACAUAUCCAGUUGUUGGCUUAAGAAGAAGAAGAAAAAAGAUGAAAAAAAAAAAGGAAAUCAGUGCUUACCGGAGUUUCGGAAGUCGCCGGUCGCCGGAAUUACAGUUGUGCGAUGAAUGAUAGCAGCCACAGUGAAUAACUUGUAAGUUCGUAGUGUUAAAAUGUGUAGAUACACCCUAAAAUUAUCUUAUAUACCCAAAACCCUAAUUUUUUUUAAAAAAAAUUAAAAGGCGUCGCCUUUCUCGCCAAGUCGCCUCGCCUCGCCACAUCGCCAUUAUCGCCAAGGCGUCGCCUUUUCAUUUUCGCCUUGCCAUGGACUGCUGUGGCGACAUAGGGUCGGCUCGGCUCGCCUCUCGUCAUUGGCGACGUGGCGUUCACCAUUUACAACACUGUUCUGUCCAAAGGUGUGCUCUUGUUACGGAAUUCUAUUAUUGAAAACACUGUUGAGCUACAAUAACUAGAAUUUUGGAAGUUAGUUGGGAUUGGCGCUUAGUGGCAAUCCCAAGGCUGCUAGAUUUUUGUUUUCCAUGAAAUUUCUUCAGAUUCCGUUGUUCAUCAAUUUCGAUAGUUAAAUCUGCCUUCUGAACUAUGUGUGGUUGAAAAGAGUGUUUUCUGAUGCAUUAACUUGUAUUUUUCAGCCUAUCAAUUUUCCUAUGAAUAAUAUCAUUUUGCUGUCUGAGAUGAAGUCAGUUUCCCUGUCGCCUAAAUUUGUUCCACCAUUUUCCUACCUUGUUCACAAAGCCUUCAUGUUCCAAUCACAUGGUUUCAAAUUUGAAAUAUGAUGUUGUUCCUACCUUGUUCACACUGUUAACUUUAGAGGAUUACGAGGUAUUCAUGAUCAUAUUGAGGAAGAUGAGAGUUCAGAGACAGCCCACCGUGAAGAAAGAAGCUCAAGAAGAUAAUCCGGCAUAUCGCAUGUGUA